CACAUACAAAUGAAAAUCGUAACAGAGGACAUAAUACAAAUAAUUGCAAGUUUCAUAUUAAUGCUUACCGUCGAAAAAAGAACAAUCUCGUUCAUAUUACAAAGGUUGAGGAUGAGCAUAAUCAUGAAUUAGUAGAGAAUAUUAGAAUAGUUUCCCCUUAUUAUCGUAAGCUUACUCCAGAAAUGCGUGAUGACAUAGCACUUCUCGCUAUUUGUGGAAUGCGUGCUGAUGCAAUUAUUGAAGUUUUGCAUGAUGCUGGUUUGAUGUAUCUUGCACUUAUGAAUCAGCAGCAGAAAAAUCUAACAUUUCAUGUUGAUGCACGUUUUGAAGGUCAGGAUAAUCAUCUUGUUAGAUUUUGUUGA